ACAAGCUCCGUCAUCACCCAGAGUCCGCCCCGUGUCAAACCCACACUUCCUACAUCCAACACCGCAGUGAGAAGAAGCUGCUGCCGCUCGGAAAUCUUUGUUUGGACCCACUUCAGGGAGAAACUCAGGAAUUUAGUUAUCUUGUAAGAGUCUGAGCUGUUUCAGAAAGCAGACAUUCCUCAGUAUGUCAGGACUGACAGCCAGCACAACCAACUACCUGUGGUCCAUGCAGGAUGUCCUUGGUCAGGGGGCUACUGCCAGCGUCUACAAGGCGAGAAAUAAGAGAUCGGGGGAACUGGUAGCCGUCAAAGUGUUCAACAUGGUGAGCUACAACCGCCCCCAUGAGGUCCAGAUGAGAGAGUUUGAGAUGCUAAGAAAGCUCAACCACAGCAAUAUAGUUAGACUGUUCACUGUGGAGGAGCUGCCCUCUAAACAGAAGGUGCUGGUGAUGGAGUAUUGUUCAGGAGGAAGCUUGCUCAGCCUGCUUGAGGAGCCAGAAAACGCCUUUGGUCUGCCUGAAACAGAGUUCCUCACUGUAUUACAGUGUGUAGUGCAAGGUAUGAACCACUUGCGAGAAAAUGGUGUGGUACACCGAGACAUUAAGCCAGGGAACAUAAUGCGGCAGGUCGGGGAGGACGGCAAGUCUGUUUACAAGCUGACAGACUUUGGAGCAGCAAGAGAGCUGGAAGAUGAUGAAAAAUUUGUGUCCAUUUACGGAACUGAAGAGUAUCUGCAUCCAGACAUGUAUGAACGUGCCGUGCUGCGUAAACCUCAUCAGAAAUCCUAUGGAGUGAGUGUUGACCUGUGGAGUAUCGGUGUGACCUUAUAUCAUGCCGCCACUGGGAGUCUUCCCUUCACACCGUACGAAGGACCCCGCAGAAACAAACCCACCAUGUACAAAAUAACUACAGGGAAACCUAUAGGAGCAAUAGCUGGCAUACAGCGGGUGGAAGGUGGACCUAUAGAGUGGAGCUACCACCUACCUCACAGCUGUCAGCUGUCACAGGGUCUGAAGGUGCAGCUGGUUCCAGUACUAGCAGGUAUACUGGAGGCCGACCAGGAGAGAUGCUGGGGUUUUGACCAGUUCUUCACAGCCACCACAGAUAUAUUACAGCGACAGGCAGUUCAUCUCUUCUCUCUGCAGCAGGCUGUAGCACACUGUAUCUACAUUCAUCACUAUAACACAGUAUCAGCCUUCUUUGAGGAGGUGGCAUCUCAGACUGGUAUCGGGGUUCAGCAGCAACACCUGAUGUAUCUGGGUCAUUACCUGCCCCUGGAGGGGAACAUGAAAGUGGUCAACCUUCCACAUACUUCACCUUCUCGGCCCCUCAUUCUGCUCAGCUAUGCACCUGGAGCAAACACCAGCCUGCCCUUCAAAGAACCGGAGACUCCAGUCAUUCCUUCCAGGUUUGAUGUCAUGGCAGACUACAGUUUCUCCAAGGUAAUAGUAGGAGUGAUCCACCAGUACCUGAGGAUAGUACAGCUGCUCCACACGCACCGAGAGCUGCUGCUGCAGGGAUACUACAGCUACAUGAUGAAAAUGCGCAAUGAAUGCGGAGAAGCCAUGCACAGUAUUGCGAUGAUUACCCUUAGAUUGCAGUCCUGUCUCAGCACGGAUCACAGAUUUCAAACACUAAGCCCUUACACUUCUGAAAGUCAAGGCUUAGCAGAUCACAGUCAAAAGCUACAGCAGGUCCAUAAACAUCUACCGAUAUACACAACAGGUAUCCAAGAGUUUCAGAACCAACUGGACCACCUGCAGAUAGAACAGGCCAAGCUGGCCGAGACUCUGGCCAAUGACAAGAGCUGCCAGAAGAUGGAGAUGCUGCUACAGAAGAUCAUGGCAAUUCAUCAGCAGUAUCGUAAAGACAGACUGACUGGCAAGCUUGCAUAUAAUGACGAGCAAAUCCACAAGUUUGAGAAAAUCCACCUGUCAUCCCACAUUAAGCGAGUGAAAUCUCUCUUCAGAGAGGACUACGUGCACAGAUACAAAGAGCUUUUAGCGUCAACCAGGACGUGGAGCAGUGUUAUGCUGGAAAUGCAGACUCGACUACAGGACUUCAGUUCUUUCUCCACAGGCUUGUUGGCAGACUUGGAGAUGAGUGAGCAGCGUCAGAAUAAGGCGAUGGACAGAAUCCUUUUCAAUCUGCAGUCCAAGAGGGAAGGACAGCAGCCUGGAAUCACACCCAGAGACAAGGACCAGAUGGUCUCCAGGAUGCACCAUUUGAAGGAGGAAAUGGAGAUCUUGGUGAGGGAGCUGCAGUGUAACAACAGCAUUAUUGAGAGUCUGGGAGCAGUGAACCCUUCAGCAGCUCUGGAGCCGAGUCUGACCCGACCGUCUACACUGUGACAAAAAAUGCAGCAUCUGUGCAUCCUAAACUCACAAAUUCACAUGCAUUCUCUCUGACAAUCGCCUCAUUUGAACAGCCAUUAACGAAUAGUUUAGUGGAUGUUUUUCUCAAGGACUGCUAUAUGAAGAGGAAGCAGCUGAAGACAAUCGAUAAAAUGUGAAACUCAGUUUAGAGAUAAGAUGCACAGAAAGACAAAGGAGGAAAGGCCACUGCGGAGACUGAGUACAGCAGUUCAAUACAAACCUCAUUAAUGCCUUUAGUGUUAUUGUAUUUUUAAUAGGCUGCCAUUGUGAUAGACUGUCAGGAUAAAGCAAAAUGAAUGCUAUUUUUGUGGUUGUUUGUUAUUGACCCAACAGAAAAAGCAGAUUGUGGAAACCUUUAAUGGUAAAUUUAACCUGACUCAAUCUUUAAGUGCAUUUAUAUUUGUAUUUGUAUCCUGGUUGUGAGUCUUAUCCUUAUUUUGAUCAUGUUUGAGAUAAAAUGUAUACAAUGGAGCACCAGUAAUCUACUUAUUCAUAUCCCUGUCAGUGUGAUUAUAGCAGUAUCAAGGCUUGUGAUUAUAUGUGUGCAUCCAGUUUCCCACCAUCUCAGCGACAAUAGUUUGUUUAGAAGACUGAGUAACUCCAGGUUCAUCCAGGUUUCUUGAAAUCAAUAUAUGAUUUUAUCCAGGUUUGAUAAAACUGAAACAGGGUAAACCAAAACUUGAUUUUCAUCAGGAUACAUGUAUGUAUGUAAGCUCUCAUGUAGACAAAAGUCUGUGUGUGUGUGUGUGUGUGUGUUGUCAUAUAGUCUGAAAUGACUGUAUAGUAUAUCAUUGUAAAUUCAGUGAUUGAUGGCAUCAUUGACUAACAGAAUCUCUAGACAAACUGCACUGUCAUUUGUGGUUUUAAAGUUUGUCUCUGUUCCUGUUGAUGUUUUACUGGAAUAAUAAGUUAUUUCUCUGUAUUUUAUCACGGGAUUCAUCGUGAAAAAGAAGAAACACAAUCAGGGAAACUCAGCACCCACCACAGAGUCCCCUUUUCUUUACAGAGCUGCAUGUGGCUAACACAGUGACUGUAUAGCAAAAAGACAUUAUGAAAUGACAUUAACACGUGUGGGCCACCCUGUGGGGAAAUCCCAGACCUUAUUAUUUGUUGUUUAUGAAAGGGCAAUGCAUGAGGUGAAAGAAUUUUUUUAAAUGUACUUCUUUUCUUAUUGUGUUUAUUGCCACAUUUUUAGUCUUUCACUCUUGUGAAAUAAUGUGACCCAAGUCUAUUUUCAGGCAGUAAACUGAAAGUAAAAAUCAUUUCAUGUCCUGUCUUGUCAGUUGGCAGUGGUGAAGAAACAACACACUCUGGAAAUUCUGUAAGGUCAUGAAUGACUGUGUGACAGUAGUGCUCAAAAAACUGAACACAAAAACAACAGUUGUGACUCUCACAAGUCAACUGUAAUAAACUGAAAGUUUUCUACUCA